UCGAUCAUUCUCUCCAAACAUAGUAGUCAGUACUCAUCUUCUCUCUCUCUCUCUAGAACUUUCUCUCAAAUCCUCUGAAUGUUUUCCGAUUGUUUGCCGAUUAUCUGCGAUUUCUUCUCCAAUUUUCAAGUGCUUCUCAACAGUUUUCUCCGUAUAUUCAAGUUGACAUAUCUAAAGGUUAGUGAUUGAAACUUGAUUUUUUUAUUAGGGUUAAAAUAUGAUAGAGUUGAAUCUCGAUAAUAAUUUCAAUCUACUUUUAACAAAUAUAAAUGGGGGCAGCAGGGAAUGUGGCCCUAUUUUUAAUCCCCAACCACCAAUAAUUACUGCAGAACUAACUAUAGAUCUAGAUCUAGGAGAAGAUAUUAUCAAUGCUGUCAAUAAUGAUAUACAAGGAGAAGAUGUUGUCAAUGGUAAUGCAGAAAAUUCAAUACUUCAUCUGAAUCUGAAUUUGAACUUUCUGAUGACUAUGGAAGUGAUAUUCAUGAAGAACUUAGGGUUGAGAAACAAGAUCUGGAGGCUUACAAGUGUAACAAGUGUAUAAGAAUGGAUGGUUGUUUUCUGAAAGGAAUAUCUAAAGGCCAGUUACUUGUAGCAGUUGCUAAAGAUGAAAACAACCAAAUGCUUUCAAUUGCAUGGGAUGGGCUGUUGUUUGAACUGAGAAAAAUGAUACAUGGAGAUGGUUUAUGAGGAUCUUGCAAGAUGACCUAUAACUUGGAGAUGGAACUCAGGUCACUAUAAUCAGUGACAUGCAAAAGUUUCUUUUUGCAGGGCUUGGUUAGUGCCGCCGAAGAAGUAUUCCCAGCUUAUGAUCACAGAAUGUGUGCAAGACAUAUUCUAUCAAAUUGGUCAAAGAAGUGGAGGGGGAUUGAGAGAAGAAAGAAGUUCUGGAGUUGUGUUAGAGCAACAUUUGAGGCCGAGCUUAAAACAAAGGUAGCUGAGUUAAAUACAUUGGGUCACAAUAUUGUUGAAGAUAUUAUUUCAUACAAUAAAGAAAGAUGGUGCAAAGUCUACUUCCAAGAAUUCUUUAAAUGUGACAGUGUGGAUAAUAAUAUGUCAGAAAGUUUCAAUGCUUGGAUAUUGGGAGCUAGACACAAGACAAUUGUGUCAAUGCUAGAAGAAAUUAGAGUCAAGGUCAUGAUUAAAAUACCUAAGAUGAGGGCAUUUGCUGAAAAUUGGGUGGACGCGAUAUCUCCAAUGGCAAUGAAGAUAUUCAACACUAAUGUGGAGAAGUCAAUGAAGUGUAAGAUUCAUUGGAAUGGAGACAGUGGCUUUGAGAUUAAGGAAGGUAAAACUAAUUUUAUUGUUCACCUGAAAAGAGGAUACUGUAGCUGCAGGUCAUGGCAACUGAAAGGCAUUACAUGUGCACAUGCCAUAACAACAAUGCACAACAGGAGGAUUGAUGCAUCUGAGUCAAUUGCAACAUGGUAUAGAAAGGAGACCUAUCUGCGGGUUUAUUCAAACUUUAUACAACAUGUCCCCAAUAUGAUAAUAUGGCUAGUUACCUCAAAUCCAAAGAUUGAGCCACCUGCAGUUCAAAAAUGUCUGGUAGGCCAAAGAGAAAUAGAAGAAAGGAGGAAUGAGAAGUUAAAAACGCUGGUAAGUUAUCCAAAAUGGGAAUAGCAAUGGCAUGCUCUAUUUGUAAGUCCAAUGAAUAUAAUAAAAGUUGUCCCUCCAGGCCAACAGCCCCAACAGCAACAUCAGAGGUAAAACUUAUCUACAUUACUUUACAUUGAAUUGUUGGAUAGAUUUUUUACUUAACUUGUUACCUUUUAGCAUAAUGCUUCCCAACAAUCAUCAACUGGAAGUACAAGGAAGAGAAGUGUUGUUGAUACUCAAGAGGGAACUACAAACAGAGAAGGUAGUAAAGCGAGUAUAACUAAGUAUAAGAGGCUGAAAGUUAAAGGGCAAGGCGUAUUUGUGUCUAAGACUGGUUAUAGUUGUGUUAAUAUAAGUGAUUCUACUACUUACUCUAACUUUAUUGUUGCUACUAUCUUUAGUUAUGCUUCAGCGAUCAUAAAAUAUCUCUUUUAAUUGCAGCAAGGUAUGCCUAGUAGCAGAGUAAUUUCCACAACUGCAGUGAUGAAUUCUGUAGAAGUUACAGGUGAUAUUAGAUAUAAGCCCAGCAAGUCCUUGAAGUGGAAAGGAAAGCAAGCUAUUACUCAAAGAGAACUCUGUAUACGGUCAAAACCGGUUUCGACUUUCGUAUGAUUAGUCAAGAUUGGAACAUAAUGGACCGAAAGUCAUCUUCAUAAUAUCGGGAUGAGAUCCGAAGUCAGGUUAUCGAGCUCAAAUUUCUGGUUCCAAUCGAAUACCGAUCUCGAAGUCAUUACCGAGCUCGAAUCCAAAUCGAAUUAUGGUUCGAAGCGGCGUUCUCGAGUUUGAGAGCCAGAGACCGACCAAUACCGAGCACAAGUCAAUACCGGGCCCUGAGUCAAUAUCGAGCUCUAAAUAUGGAAACCAACCAAUACCAUGUCUGAUCAAGAUCGGGCCAAGAGACAAGAGCCGUUACAGUCGCACUAAGGGAGAGAAUCUCGGCGAGAAUUAGAAAAAAGUUAAUCUAUCAUAGGUUCUCCACUAUGUAUUUUUAAUGAUAUCCAAAGUAGGAUCCCUCCACUAUAAGAGGGAUGGCUAUUAUUUCUGUAAGGGAUCAAAAGAAAAAAGGCAUUCAUACACUCUCAUAUUCAUAUUAUUGAUAUUCACAGAGAAGAACAUACUGAGAUUCAUAUAGAGAUUAUACUUUUUUGGUUUUUGUAUAUUGAUUCAUCUUGCUUGUUCAUAAA